AUGGACUGCUUGGUCAAAGUGUUGGAGAAAGUUGGAAUGGAGUCACUGCUUUUGGAUGUCCCUUUUGUGUGCAAGUCAUGGUACUACAAGGCGACCCUCAAUCCUUCAUGCUGGCAAUCUCUCAUUUUCCCAGACAAAGAAUGUAUGGCAGUCUCGCCUUGGGAUGUGUCUGAAUGUCCAAAUUUUCAAAAUCUUAUGGACAGAUUUGUGUCCUCGCCUUGUGACAUCGAGUUUACCAGUAAAUUUAUUGGACAGCAAACACACGAACCCAGAGCUGAUUGGCAAGUGGAAAAAUUUGGAGAUUUGUCCAAAGGCACUAUUCAUGGGCGUGCGGCAUUGUCAAUUGUGAAGUUGGUGCCUAAUAUCAAGUACUUAAAUUUGAAGGGUGCAAAAGUUAAUGGGGAUGGUCUUGUCACGUUGCUGCACGAAUGCAAAGAUCUGGUGAUGUUGGACCCCAAAGAUUGUUUUGGUUUUGAUGAGAACGACGAUGAAAUAUCAAAGCUUGUGUCUCAUAUUAGUAAAUUUAUGUGUGAGGGUUUUGAAUUUCCUGAAUUUCUUCAUGGUAUGGACAAUUUUGUUCUUCCUGUUGAUGGAUGCUCAUUUCAUCUGCAUGUGGAGGAGAUGCGGGAUGAAAUGCCCAAUGAUUUGCACAAUGCGUUCAAUGAUUUGGGCGACGAGGAAUGA